GCGUAUAUCCCUACCUGCAUCGACCGAUCAUAAACCAGAGGUAUAUAUGUUUCUGGACGAAGUUUCUCUCCAUUCUAAUCAAAUCCAGUUCUAAGAAAUGCCGGCGAUUGAAUCUUUGAAACCUGUAACUUAUCGGAAAUUCUCUGCAAGUUCGAAUUUUUAUGUAAAAGAAACUGCGAGAUUGAACUUCUGGUGCGGUCGAUCGAGGGUUCUUCCUCUGAAACCGCUUCGUUUUGGUGGGAACUCGGCCUCUUUUUCUGUGAUUAGUACCUACAGGCAACCUAGGGUUUCGAGAAAUAUUGGAAGAUUUGAUUCUUGGGGAGGUUUUUUGAACAACCAGAGAUGGAGAGAGAGGAGAAUUCGGGUGAAUAGCUCUUGUGAGCAAGAUAGCGAUUCGAAGACUAGUUCGAGUGAGAAGGGCGAAGGGCAGUCGAGUGAUAAGGAAGGAGUUAGUAAGCCAUCCACUGCUUCGUCUUCUUCUGCACCUUCGCCUCGUCGUGAGAAGCAAGGAAAGAGUGGGUGGUGGAAGGGAGCGAAGUGGCAAUGGCAACCUAUAAUUCCGGCUCAGGAGAUCGGGAUAUUGCUUCUGCAACUGGGUAUUGUCAUGUUUGUCAUGAGAUUGCUUCGGCCAGGAAUUCCUUUGCCUGGUUCGGAACCAAGGACCCCGACGACCUUUGUUAGCGUCCCUUAUAGUGAUUUCUUGAGCAAAAUCAAUAAUAAUCAGGUCCAGAAAGUGGAGGUUGAUGGAGUUCAUAUCAUGUUUAGACUGAAAUCCGAACCUGGAAGUAUGGAGAAUGAAGUGAUUGGCACUAGUAAAUUACAGGAAACAGAGGCUUUGAUACGAAGUGUAGCUCCAACUAAGCGAAUUGUCUUCACAACGACGCGUCCGAGCGACAUAAAAGCUCCGUAUGAGAAAAUGCUCGAGAACGACGUAGAGUUUGGGUCUCCAGAUAAGCGCUCGGGUGGAUUUUUCAACUCUGCCUUGAUUGCUAUUUUCUAUGUUGCUGUACUCGCGGGGCUUAUCCAUCGGUUCCCCAUAAGCUUUUCUCAGCACACUGCUGGUCAGCUGAGGAGCCGCAAAUCUGGGGGUUCAGGUGGAGUGAAAGUGUCUGAACAAGGGGAGACAGUCACCUUUGCUGAUGUUGCCGGGGUUGAUGAGGCGAAGGAGGAGCUAGAAGAAAUUGUGGAAUUUCUUAGGAAUCCAGACAAGUAUGUACGACUUGGUGCUCGCCCUCCUCGAGGGGUUCUCCUGGUGGGUCUUCCUGGGACAGGUAAGACUCUUUUGGCAAAGGCUGUAGCUGGGGAAGCUGAGGUCCCCUUCAUAAGUUGUUCUGCAAGUGAGUUUGUGGAAUUGUAUGUUGGUAUGGGAGCAUCCCGUGUCAGAGAUCUCUUUGCAAGGGCAAAGAAAGAGGCACCAUCAAUAAUAUUCAUUGAUGAGAUAGAUGCCGUUGCAAAAAGUCGUGAUGGCCGAUUCCGCAUUGUCAGCAAUGAUGAGAGAGAGCAGACACUGAAUCAGUUGCUUACUGAGAUGGAUGGGUUUGACAGCAGCUCUGCAGUGAUUGUUCUUGGGGCAACCAAUCGAUCAGAUGUGUUGGACCCUGCACUUCGUCGUCCUGGGAGAUUUGAUCGUGUUGUCAUGGUGGAAACCCCUGAUAGGCUUGGAAGGGAAGCCAUUAUUCGAGUUCAUGUUUCCAAGAAGGAACUUCCUUUAGGGGAAGAUGUUGACCUUAGUAACAUUGCUUCUAUGACAACUGGUUUCACUGGGGCAGACCUUGCAAAUUUGGUGAAUGAAGCUGCUUUGUUGGCUGGUAGAUCAAACAAAGUUGUUGUUGAGAAAAUUGAUUUUAUACAAGCAGUGGAGCGUUCUCUAGCUGGUAUUGAAAAGAAACAUGCAAAGUUGCAAGGAAAUGAGAAGGCUGUAGUUGCACGACAUGAAGCUGGUCAUGCUGUUGUUGGAACUGCUAUAGCAAAUCUUCUUCCUGGACAGCCACGUGUCGAGAAAUUAAGUAUAUUGCCAAGGUCAGGAGGGGCAUUGGGCUUCACAUAUGCUCCACCCGCCAACGAAGACAGAUAUUUGCUCUUCAUUGAUGAGUUACGUGGUCGCUUAGUCACUCUUCUUGGAGGGCGUGCAGCAGAAGAAGUUGUUUAUUCAGGUCGUGUAUCAACAGGCGCACUGGAUGAUAUAAGACGUGCGACCGACAUGGCAUAUAAAGCAGUCGCUGAGUAUGGUCUUAACCAGACCAUAGGCCCUGUAUCAUUGGCGACACUAUCUAGUGGAGGGCUUGAUGAGUCUGGGGGAUCUUCACCUUGGGGAAGGGAUCAGGGUCACCUUGUGGAUCUAGUUCAGAGAGAGGUGAGAGCACUAUUGCAAUCUGCACUUGAUGUAGCACUUUCUGUUGUGCGUGCAAAUCCUACUGUGGUGGAGGGCCUUGGUGCCCAUUUAGAAG